AUGGGUGUUCUUCAUCAUGGAGUUGCUUUGCGACCCCUCACUACAGUUUCGAGAUCUGUGUCCGCCGCGUCGAUAUCGAGACAAUCUUUCUCUCGGACUCUAAGCAGUCAAUUCUCCGUGUCUAGCACUAGGAUGGCUUCGAGUUAUCUUCCCGGAGAGCCAGAGCGUCCCGUCUUAAAGACGGAGAUUCCCGGUCCGGUAUCCAAAGAAUACAUUACCAAAUUGACUCAGGUCUUUGAUACCCGGAGUUUGAACAUGCUCGCCGACUACACCAAGAGCGUUGGUAACUACAUUGUCGAUCCGGAUGGAAACGCUCUUCUCGAUGUCUACGCUCAAAUUGCCUCGAUACCUGUCGGCUACAACAACCCGGUUUUGAGGAAAGCCGCCGAGAGCCCGGAGAUGGUUAGCGCACUAAUUAACCGACCGGCUCUGGGUAACUUCCCCUCGCAUGACUGGGCUGAUGUUCUGGAGACCGGUAUUCUGAAGGUAGCACCUAAGGGACUUAACCAGGUCUUCACGGGUAUGGCUGGAUCCGAUGCGAAUGAAACGGCGUUCAAAGCAGCUUUCAUGUGGCGUCGUCAACGCGAGCGGGGUGGCCCUGCCGUCGAGUUCACCGAAGAGGAGUUGGAGUCGUCUAUGCUGAACAAAUCUCCCGGCGCGUCUGAGCUUUCUAUCCUGUCCUUUAAGACUGCCUUCCACGGCCGUCUGUUCGGCACCCUCUCGACAACCAGGUCAAAGCCUAUCCACAAACUCGACAUCCCCGCCUUCGACUGGCCCCACGCUACCUUCCCUCAACUCAAGUACCCUCUUGAGGAACACGCCGAAGAGAACGCCAAGGCCGAAGCUGACUCCCUCGCCGAAGUCGAACAUCUCAUUAAGAACUACCACGUACCACCUGCUGCCGUAAUCGUAGAGCCUAUCCAAUCCGAGGGCGGUGACAACCACGCCUCGCCGGCUUUCUUCCGAGGCCUACGUGCGCUAACCAAGAAGCACGGAAUCCUACUAAUCGUGGACGAAGUCCAGACAGGCGUCGGCGCCACCGGCAAGUUUUGGGCUCACGAUCACUGGGACCUCCCCGACCCGCCGGACAUGGUGACCUUCAGCAAGAAAGCCCAGACAGCCGGCUUCUACUACGGAGACCCGACCUUGCGCCCCAACAAGCCGUACCGGCAAUUCAACACGUGGAUGGGCGACCCGGCGCGUGCGCUGCUCUUCCGCGCCAUCAUCGAGGAGAUCCAGCAGCACGACUUGGUCGGCAACACGGCGCGCGUCGGCGACUACCUCUUCGGCAAGUUGGAAGGGCUAGCCAAGAAGUACCCGGGCCAGUUCGACAACCUACGCGGCAAGGGCCAGGGCACCUUCAUCGCCUUCGACAACCCGAACCGCGACGCGUUCCUCGCCAAGGCCAAGAAAUUCGGCGUCAAUAUCGGCGGCAGUGGCGCUACUGCGGUCCGUCUGCGGCCCAUGCUGAUUUUUGAACAGCAGCAUGCUGAUAUCCUGGUCGAGGCGCUAGAGAAGGUUGUUUCGAGCUGA